AUGCAUUGGGCAAAUUGUUGUCAACCCUCGAAUCGCCGAUCUGAUAACGAAUCAGUCACAAAGUUUUGGAGAGUCUUAGACACUGGGAAGAUUCUGCCAUACUACAAAAUUGUCGUCUCUUCUCUAUCAACGGCAAUCGAAAGCUGUUUGAGAAUUCGAGUUGUUAUGGGUAAAGACAGGAUCAGUGAGUUACCUGAGGAGUUGCUUCUACAGAUAUUGUCUUUACUUCCACCAAAAACUGUUAUAACCACUAGUGUUUUGUCUAAACGAUGGCGGUCUCUUUGGAAGUUGGUACCAAAACUAGAGUUUGAUUCUGACAAUUAUCAGGAGGAUAUAGCGAAAUUUUUAGAGAAUGUUGGCAAGUUUUUGCUUUCACACAAAGCUCCGGUUUUGGAGAGUUUGCGUCUCAAAGUUACUGAUAAGACUGAAGAAACUAGAUGUGUUAUAAAUGUUGGAGUAUGGGUUGGAAUUGCGGUUGUACGCCAUGUGCGUAAGUUGGUGCUCGAUCUUUUUUUAUUUAAAAGUUCAGUCAGAUUUCCAACUAGUGUACUUUUCUCUGAUACACUUGAGACCUUGCAACUCAAGUAUUCGGUUCUUGUUGAUGUUCCUUCUCGAGUUUGUAUGAAGUCUCUCAGAACUUUGCACCUUUAUCAUGUGAGCUACAAAGACGGUGAAUCAAUCCGUAACCUUAUAUCUGGCUGUCCUAAUCUUGAAGAUUUGCUCAUACAAGGAGGUACUUGUAAGGUUGUGCUGACUUUGCUUAUUGAAGCGCCAUCUUUAAAGAGACUAUGGAUUCACGGUCAAAUUGGGGGACGAAAGACUAUGAUAAACGCUCCUUGUUUGGAGUACUUGGAAAUGAAAGGGUUUAGUCAUGGUGAGAGUUGUCUGAUUGAGAAUGCGCCAGUGUUAGUCAAGGCAACUAUUAGUAACGUUUCUUAUAUCGUUAAUGAGAAUAUUUUGGGAUCUCUUAAGUCAGCCAAACGUCUUUCCUUGGACUUAUCACCUUUAGAGAUUAAGUGUCCUACUGGAGCUAUCUUUUAUCAGCUGGUAUAUCUAGAGAUGUAUACACGUGAAGCAGAGUGGUGGAAUCUGCUUACGAUCAUGCUCGAUAGCUCUCCUAAACUACAAGUCCUCAAACUCAUUGAUCAUGAUAAGGAUGCUAGCAAAGAUGAUGUGGUUAUUAGCGGGAAAUGGAAUGAGCCAAAGUACGUUCCUGAAUGUUUGUCUUCUUGCCUCGAGACAUUUGUGUGGAUAAGAUACGGUUGGGAAAGAGAAGAAGAGAAAGAAGUGGCUACAUACAUUCUAAAGAACGCAAGACUCUUAAAGAAGGCAACCUUUUUCACUACUAUACCCAUUGAAUCGAAAGAGCUCAACAAGAUUGAAGAAAGACGCAAGUUGCUCCUCAACGAGUUGAGCAGAGUGAAGAAAGCUUCAAAUUCUUGUCAACUUGUAUUUGACGAUGAAUCAAUAUAA